UCUCUCACCAUCACCAACUUCCCGCUCAAUGGGCCGUGCAUUUGUCCACGAUCUAUUUGGGAUGGCUUACGGACUAGCCAGCUAACAUUUCCUCUAUCCAAUUGUCUUCUUAUCAAUCUACAGACCCUUGCCAGCGGCGCUGUGCUGUGCUUCCCCAGUGUGGAGCGGUGAAACAACGUCGUCAUCGACAUCAUGUCCGAGCCGGAUCUCGUCGGGGCUUCAGUCGACAGCCCGAGCAGUUCCGACGGCGUCCAUCGUCAGGCUGCUAUUCUCGACCGCCAUCUGCCAGAGGGCUAUUCUGCCGACCCAGAAGUGAGCCUGGCUACCGAGCCUAUCGAGGUCGUCGUAGAGCCCAUUGUCGCUCCUUCAUCGGCGAGCCAAGAUCUCUUUGACUCUCCCGCGGCCUCUGCGACAGAGCUAGCUGCUCCUAACAAUGGCAACGGACAAGAGGGAAGCAGUGAUGCAACCCCGACUCUGGAGACGCUAGAGUCUUCGCUAAAGCUCCAAGGCGGUGACAUCCAUCGCGACAUGUUCAAGAUCAAGGCCCGAGCCGGCUCAAGUCGCCGAUCCAAUACGUUUUCUCAUCACCCAUCGCCCCAUCUGGGCCCGGCUGGUGAAUUGUCACAUGCUGAACAACUUGAACCGGGUGGCUUCAGGCGGCAGCACCUGCGUCGCCGGGCUCGACAGCGGCAGCAAAGUGGACUCGUUGUGGCCAGCACCUUUGUCGAUUUCCUCGACCUCUACGGCAGCUUUGCCGGUGAGGCCCUCGAGGAUACCGAUGAAGAUGAGGACGAAUCUGUCGUCACUGAGGAGUCUGAAGAAGCCGUUGAUGAUGAACAUCGUCCACUGCUCGCGCGGCCCAAAGCCGACCGGCGGAAGAGCUCUCGACGCCUUAGCCGUGAGGGUGACGCUAGCACCGUCAAGACCUUCUUCACGCUCAUCAAGGCCUUUAUUGGCACGGGCAUCUUGUUCCUUCCCAAGGCCUUCCGCAAUGGAGGUAUCCUCUUCUCGUCGAUUGCGCUGAUUUCCGUAUCUUUGCUCAAUUGCUUCUGCUUCCGCUUACUGCUUGACUGCCGUCACAAAUAUGGCGGUGGCUACGGAGAGAUUGGUGAAGCCAUCGUCGGUCCUCGGUUCCGAAGCUUGAUACUUGCAUCAAUUGCUAUUUCUCAGCUUGGAUUUGUUUGCUCCGGCAUCAUUUUCACGGCAGAAAAUCUCUUCUCUUUCCUCGACGCCGUCACUAAGGGCGUCGGCCAUCUUGGAGUGUCAGGGCUAAUUGGGCUUCAGUUUCUCCCCCUCAUCCCUCUUGCUUUGAUUCGCAAUAUCUCCAAGCUAGGUCCUGUUGCACUGGUGGCAGAUGUCUUCAUUCUCAUUGGGCUUGUGUAUAUCUGGUACUACGAUAUUGGAAGUCUAGCUAGGCACGGCAUCGAACCAAGCGUUAAGCUGUUCAACCCAAGGGACUUUCCUCUGACUCUUGGCUCGGCCAUCUUUACGUUUGAAGGAAUCGGCUUGAUUCUUCCGAUCCAGUCAAGCAUGAAGAAGCCCCAUCAUUUCAAAGGCCUGCUCUACUUCGUCAUGUUUCUCAUCACGGCCAUCUUUACGUCGGUUGGAGCACUAUGCUACGCAACCUUCGGCGAGAAUACCAAGAUCCAGAUCAUUUCCAAUUUCCCCCAGGAUUCGCCUGUUGUCAACUCAGUUCAAUUUCUCUACUCACUGGCCGUACUAGCAGGUGAGCCUGUGCAGCUGUUUCCUGCCGUGCGUAUCCUGGAGACGUCAAUCUUUGGGGAACGAGCCACGGGCAAGAAGAGCGCGGCAAUCAAGUGGAAGAAGAAUGGCCUUCGAACACUGACCAUUGCUGUCUGUAUCGGUGUUGCGGUUGUUGGCGCAAGUGAUUUGGAUAAGUUUGUGGCUCUGACGGGGUCUUUUGCUUGCAUUCCCUUGGUCUACAUGUACCCAGCAUAUUUGCAUCUCAAGGGUGUUGCUGAGAGUAAGCGGGAGAAGUGCUUGGAUCUCUUGACGAUAGUCGUUGGAGCCGUUGCCAUGGUCUAUACGACAUCCGUGAUCGUGGCGCAGUGGGUUCAGGGCUGAUGAUAUAUCAUGUAGAACAGCUUGUAGGUUAUACGUUGAGUAGCUCGUUGGAGUACGACCUGUCUUGUGUCUUAAAUGAUCUCUAGUUGGAGUUGAUUUGAAUGGAGAUUUUUGAAUGGAUUCGUUCUUUUUCCUUGUGUGGCCGCCCAUGCGCUCUACGUAUAUCAUUGCUGAAUGGCUUUUCGUGACAACGGGGCAACCUGAAGGAUUUUCAUUUAAUAUGGCGAUUGAUGUAGCUUAUUGUCCGUUUGAGUAUGUCUUUGAGCAUGUCUCUAAGUAUGUACUAUCACAGCGAGUAGGAAGGUUAGAGUCACAUCACGAUAUUCAUAGCAUCACAUGCAUUUACAAUUGUUUCAAAAUACUUUACACGGAUUUGUUUAUGAUACACCGGAAGAUGACGUGUAAGACUAGUAUCAUGAGAGCCUAAAUAAUAACAAAACUUUUGGAUUGUGCUCGGCA